UGUCCAGGUGAGUUUGGCGAGGUGUGUCGUGGUCGGCUGAGGGUCCCAGGCAGGAAGGAGAACUACGUAGCGAUCAAGACGCUGAAGGGCGGCUACACAGACAAACAGAGGCGGGACUUCCUGUCAGAGGCGUCCAUCAUGGGUCAGUUCCAGCACCCCAACAUCAUCCACCUGGAGGGCGUCAUCACCACUUCCUGUCCCGUCAUGAUCCUCACCGAGUUCAUGGAGAACGGAGCGCUCGACAGCUUCCUGAGGGUCAGACAGCCUCACCUGUCUCACCUGUCUCUGUCUCACCUG